GCCAAAUACCACCGUGUUCUGUUUAUAUUUUAACUUUAAGGUUUAAACAAAACUAUUCAUGUGCCUAAAAUUGUUGGUUACUUUUUAAUUGGAACAACCUAUUCAAAGUUGUGAUAAACAAAAUAAAAUAAAACAACACAAUGGCUGGCAGAGGACGAGGUGGCAAGACAUCCUCGUUAACUCAAGAGCAACUUCAAGCUAUGGGUUGCAUUGGAAAGGAUAUGCCUCAAGUACAACUAGCACCUCCACCAACUUUCCCCCCACUUAUGUCUAAGCCUGUUACAAUGGAGACAACUGCCUCACAAAACUAUCAAAUCCUCUGGAAGGAAGAUUUUUUAAAUCACAUGAGAGACUCUCCUUACUAUAUCACGCCAAAAGUCACAAAAGCUAAUAUUUUGCGCUAUUCAGAUCAAUAUGCUAAUGCCCUUGAAAACUCAAAAACCAAAAUAAAAGCGGAUAUUCCAUGGAAUUUAAUGCCCAGUGAAUUGUCUCCAAUGUUUAAUAAACGUAAAACGAGUGCCAAAACUACUGUACCAGCAAAGAAAUCAAAAGCAGCGAAUAUUGAUGAUACACUAAAAGUACUUGAAGAAAAAGAAAAGACUGAUGUUGAUCCUGAUUUAAAUGAAAAGAAAGCAUCCGACUCUGAAGCCGAAGAGGAAGAAGAAGAGCAGGACUUGAGAGCUGAUGAUGAAAUGGACGAUGAAAACGACUAUGGUAACAGUUACUUUGAUAAUGGAGAAGCGUAUAAUGAAGAAGAUGACAAUUUGGAUGAUGGUCCAGUUUAUUGAAAAUAUGUUAAGAUCUAAACUUUAAGAAAUACAUUUUUUUAAAAAAAUCA